UAAUGGUACUAAUGUUUGGUUCUAUUAUCUACAUACUCUUUUUUACCCUCACUGUUUUCGAUUAUUAUAUAUGCCUCCAUGUCUAUGAGCUUUCGUAGGUCCAAAUUAUCAUUAACGACGAGUAGAGUUUCUACUUUUAAUUCAUUAGUUUCUGGAUCCAUGAGUUGUAACAUAAUUUUGAAUGGUCUGCAGUGGGAUACUUUUUUGCUGCAUUUUAAUUAAGUAUUCUUUGUGGAUCUUGGUUUAUAUUUCAAUUUCAAACCUGUUUCUUCAAAUUAUCAUAUCUUUGUUUAAUCUUUAAGGGAAGUAUUUAUUACAAAAGUAUUUCGGAAAAACUAAAAUGGCCUUUAGAUUAGAGAAUAUGCAAGUUUGGCUGGAGGGUGCUCUAGAUGAAAUUGUUUAGCUGUCCUUAAAAGACCUUGCUUUUGAUUCUUAAUGAAUUUGGGAGUUAGAAUGGUCCUAGCCAAGGUAGGUAAUGUGAAAUGGCUGAACAUGAUGGAUUUCUCAUUCAUUUUCUACGACUUAAAUAGAAAUUGUAAUACACGAUAUUAGGGAAUUAGAUCCCACCAAUUAUGAGCAAAAUACCUAAAUUGAGCAUCUAUGAUCCCACAAUAUAUGAUCUCUAGGCAAAGAUUGAUUAGUGACCUCCAAAUAUCUUAAUCUAAAGCCAGAUUGUAGCCUUUCAUGCAUUAACAUAUUAAAUGUGUAUAUUGAUAUUCCUAUAUGUGAUCUAAGGGCUUGAUGGAGAGUAUGAAUUCAUGUUUGAAAAUGAAGAGGAAAGCCAGAGAGGAGACACCAUUUAUGAGGAAUGGAAGAAUGUUAUUAGAGGGGCUAAUUGCCUUUGGCAAUGGAAAAGGCAAUCCUAUCCAUAUUUUCUCUGCCGAAGAGCUCAGAAGAGCAACAAACAAUUAUGACCAAUGUUGACGUUUUCUGCAAAUUUAUGAGUCUGUCUCACCUCCUUAGCUUAGUUCUAUCAAUAUAUGCUGACAUGAGCCUUGAACAGGGAAGUUCUGUGUCGCUAACAAGAAGAUGGAGCAGCCGCAGCAGCAGCAGCACCUUCUACAUUUUUGCGAUUCAAAGCAUCCCUUGCUCUUUGAUCAAAACGACAGGAGCAGAAGAAGUUGCUGUGGGUGCCAAGAAUCAAUUUAUGGUCCUAGCUACUAUUGUACAGAAUGCGGAUUUGAUGAAGAGGGAUGGUACAAGUACAGGCAUCAUAAAUCAUGUGCGGAAUUGCCGCUUGGGUUGCACCAUCCCUUGCACCCAAUCCAUCCUCUCAUUCUCUUUGAUGAAAAGACACAUUAUCCUGAACAAGAAGAAGAACACAAACAAAAGACCAAAUGCCAACUCUGCAAUGAAUCUCGCCGACAAUACACUUAUUGUUGUUAUCGCUGCGACUUCAACCUUCACGCCACAUGUGCUUCCUUACUGCCCACCAUCCAAUCUUCUCAAUUAUUGCGUUCAUAAUACUUGUGCUUCUUUGCCACUCAGACUCAAAGUUCUAGUUCACAGGCACCCCCUCCACCUCAUCCAUUCUUCUCUUGAAGUUGAACUCCAUCAAUCCGAUUCUCGAUUUUGUCAACUCUGUGCUCAAAAAGUGAACACAAACUUUGGGUUUUACUAUUGCUCCAGAUGCGAUUUCAUUGCUCACCUCGAUUGUGCUGCGGACUACGGAAAUAGGGACAACAUGAAUUUGCUCGAACUUAAAGAGUUGGAGAAUGAAGAUUCAGAGCUCGAUCAAUCUGUUGACUCGGCAGCUUACAAAGUCAAAAAUAUCAAGGUGAGGGAGGACGGAACUAAAAUAGCCACAAAAAUCCAACAUUUCAGUCAUAAGCAUGAGUUAAAGCUUUCGGAUAAUGAGGUUUUGAAUAAUGAAAAAUGCAACGGGUGCGUACAAGCCAUUCUCUCUACCUUUUAUAGUUGUGUAAAUUGUAGAUUCUUUCUUCAUGAAUCUUGUGCUAAAUUACCUAGAAAAAAACGACACCCACUUCAUCGGCACUUACUCACCCUCUUACCAGAGCAUCCUUAUUUUAGUUCAUUUUUUUGUGAUGCUUGUGAGCGUGAUUGCAAUAGCUUCAUCUAUCGGUGUGAGACAUGCUAUUUUAAUCUUGAUGUUUCAUGUAAUUUAAUCUCGGACAUCCUUACCCACCCUGGCCAUGAGCAUCAACUUCUUCUCUCAAGCAUAAAAUCUAAACUUAAUUGCAAUUGUUGUGAUUCUAAAAUUUCCCCAAUAUUCCGUUGUACCACUUGUGAAUUUGCUUUGGACUUCAAAUGUGCAACACUACCACAAAUUGCAAGGUACAAACAACAUGAGCAUCUCUUCACUCUUUAUUAUACUGCUGAAGAUGACUCUGGUGAAUAUUAUUGUGAUAUUUUUGAAGAAGAACGCAAUUCAAAGCAUUGGUUCUACUAUUGUGCAGAUUGCAGUUAUCCUGCACAUACCAAAUGCAUUCUUGGCAAAAACCCAAAUCUCAAGUAA